AUGAUAAUCGGAGCGAUCUGGGAUCAGAGCACUAACACUUGGAGAAGAAAGACCAAUAAAGAACUGCUUACAGAAACUGGUCAAUCAAUAUCCCAUGAUAUGAAGGCACGGAGGUUAAGAUGGACGGGGCAUGUAGCUCGUAGCAAUCCAUCUGGAAGCCUCUACAUAACAAUGAACGCCUCAAUAGAAGGCAGAAGACCACAACUAAACAUAGCCAUUACACGCACAGGGAACAAGCCUGAAGACACGGCUGGUUUGAAUACGCAGCGAAUGGAAGCGCUAACCCCAAUUACGGUGGACCGAAAGCGUGGAGCCAUGGGAGAGCUUUCUAUAGAUUACACUUCUACAAGCAACUUCCCUAUUUUGUUAACAUUGGCAAGAGCUAAGUCUAAACUUAUCCUCAACAAAAGAUGCCUCACUUAUAAAUUUAGCAAUGUAAACAACCAUCGUACAGUACAAUGGAUGGUGAAGGCCAAAGAUAAACAAAAAUUCACAGCUGCUGAAGCUGAAGAGGGAGGUGCUCUUAACCAGCGCACUGCGUGGCGUUGGUAUUUAGAGGUGGAGAUACGACGUUGGAAAGGAAGAAGGGCUCCGGGGCGACCAUUAAUGGAUAUUGACCAAAUUCUACAGGAAACUGUUUAG